UUAUUUAUAAACGUCAUUGUUUUUAGCGUGAAAAACAAACAAAUAAAAACAUAAAAAAAUUACAAAUAAUUUCAAAAAACAUGGAUUUCCUUCAGCUCCCUUUUAUAUUUUUAAAACGCAGAAAUGCUUUAAUUCGCUUGUUCAGUGAAAAAUCAGGAGACCAAUUUACGGGUAUACCAAAUCAGCAUACAGUUUCGAAUAGUGAUCGAUUCUGGUUGAAGUACACCAGGACCAUGGCUGAAAAAGAUAUAGGUAAAGAAAUCAGUGUUAGUAUGAUGCAAAAAGCAGUGGAACGACGUCGUAUUGCAACUAAUAUUGGUGUAAUGUUGAUUGGUACAAUUACAUUAUUUUUUGUUUUGAGAUCAACAAGACAAAAACGUGAUGCUAAACUUGCUGAAUUGAUGAAAGAAUAAAUAUUGAAAAAAUUACAA